AUGGAUGACGAAAGUAGACAACUGUUGUUAAAGGGCCUGACAUCGUACCCCAAGUACAUUCCUACUUGGUACAAUUAUGAUGAACUGGGAUCCGAAUUGGAAGACAAAUGUACGAUAAAUAACACUGGUUAUUAUUUAAGACGAAGCCAAAUAGCUAUUCUUGAAACCUCCAUAAAGGAGAUCAUUCCUUCUGCCCCGUACGAUUUCUCAUUGAUCGACCUUGGCAGUGGAAGCUGUUCGAAGACCAGAUAUUUCCUUGACGAAAUGUUGCUGCGACAGAAAAGAUUAACUUUUUAUCCACUAGAUAUUUCAGAAGAAUUUUUGAUGAAAACAGUACAACAGAUUUCUAAUGAAUACGGUGACAGAUUAUCACUAUCUCCAGUGGCGGCGAAUUAUGAAAACGGAAUAGAAAAACUAAGGUCUGCGAAUGGUCCAAAGAUAAUCGUAUGGUUUGGAAGCAUCAUCAAUCUGUCGUACGAUGACCAAGUGGCUAAGCUCAAGUUAAUUUCUAGUUUAAUGACAGAUAGAUGUCACCUAGUAUUUAGCGUUGACAUAACACAGGACAAAAAAGCAGUGUUGAAAGCAUACAACGAUGAGGCAGGCCUUGAAAUGAAGUUCUUUCAAAAUGGAAUUAUCAGAUUAAACAACGAGGAACACAGCCACAUACGUUUAGAUAAAUUUCAAUACAAAGCAGAUUUCAUUGAGGAUUCUUCUCCAGAACACAUGAGCUACUUCAGAGCGUACAUGCAAGCAAAGGAACACCUAUUUUAUUCAAUACCUGGUCUAAAUAUCGAUAUCGAAUUCGAGAAAGGUGAAAACCUGUAUUUACAUGAAGGUGCCGGUGUUAGCUGUAAAUACACCAAAGAACAGAUAUGGAACCUGACAGCAAGGGCAGGGCUUCUUCUAACAGAUACUUGGACGGAUGAGAAUCAGCAUGCCAUGUUCUGUCGGUGUAAAGUAGCGUAA